ACAAAGCUCAGAGGCGCCCGCUAAGAAACAUUCACUCAGGGACUCCUCCGUCUGAUAGCACUAGAUAAACACCUCGCUAAUUGUCGCAGAUGAAGACGCCCGCAGAGGACCUGUGAGCCGGCACCAUGGGCAACGCCGUGCGAAGCCUCAUAGCCUUCAUCCCAUCCAAACGCUGCAGACGCUUCCUGGCGGGGGACCUGACGGAAAUGCCGCCAGAUGGGACUCUGGAUCUGAGCGGCCGUCAGUUACGCCGCCUACCCGUCACCGCUUGCGUCUUCGGCGAACUAUCCAAGCUCUACCUGAGCGGCAACAACCUGAGCGGCUUGCCUGAAGAACUGAAGCUCCUGAGGAAGCUCCAGCUCCUUGCUUUGGACUUCAACCGCUUCGAGGAGCUCCCCGCCGCCGUCUGUAAGCUUCCCCGGCUUAGCAUCCUCUACCUAGGGAACAACAAACUUUUCCGGCUACCCGAGGAACUUCGGGAACUCAAGGAACUGAACACCUUGUGGCUGGAGACCAAUCGCUUCUCGGUUUUCCCGAGCGUGGUUUGCGAGCUGCCCAAUCUGAAGACCCUGCAUCUCGGCUACAACCAAAUACGACGCUUACCGGAGGAGCUCGGAAGGUUGGAGGAACUGAGGAGCAUCUGGCUGGCCGGGAACGAGCUGACGGAGUUUCCCAAAGUGCUGCUGGAAAUGCAGUUCCUCGCCGUCAUCGACGUGGAUCGGAAUAAAAUCCAACGAUUUCCGGGGCUCUGUCACUUGCAAGGACUCAAGUUGGUUAUUUAUGAUCACAAUCCGUGCGUUAAUGCACCCGUGGUGGCCAACGGGGUGAGGAGAGUCGGACGUUGGGCGGAUUGUUCUGAUGAUGAGCAGGAAGAUGAAGGGUCAAAACUGAAGAUGACGGAGACAGAAGAAGAUCUCAAUGUUCAACUCUCAUCGGGAUAGCUUUAAAAACUAGAAAAUGCAGUUUCUGGAGAAAUCUUUGCUCUACCAUGACUCACUGUCUAUGAACUUUGGAAUAUUCCUGAAUGACUUAAUGUACAUUUUAGGUCGUUUGAUGCAGAUUCCCAAGCCGCAUCUUUUGAAUUUUUUGGUCACUUCCCGUUGGGUUCGUAACACUUAUGGGUCGAUUUUGGAUCACUUUCUAAUGAUUUGGGGAUAUUCCCGGGUCACUUCAUGUACAUUUUUUUGGAAAAUUUUAGUGUUUUCAGAGGUUUUUUUUUUGUCACUUCCUUUACUUACAAUUCACUUUUUGUUGAUUUUGGUCAAUAUCAGAUGAUUUUGGGACAUUCCCAAACCACUUCCUUUUGAUUCUGGGUCACUUCCUGUUGGGUUCAUAAUACUUACAGGUCACUAUCUAUUGAUUUUGGAUCACUUCCUAAUGAUUUGGAGAUAUUCCAGGGUCACUUCAUGUACAUUUUUUUGAAAAUUUAAGUGGUUUUCAGAGGGUUUUUUUUUUUUUCGUUUCCUCUACUUACGAUUCACUUUUUGUUGAUUUUGGUCAAUGUCAGAUGAUUUUGGGACAUUCCCAUACCACUUCCUUUUGAUCCUGGGUCACUUACAGUUGGGUUUAUAAUACUUACAGGUCACUAUCUAUUGAUUUUGGAUCACUUCGUAAUGAUUUGGAGAUAUUCCCGGGUCACUUCAUGUACAUUUUUUUAGAUUUUAAUGUGGUUAUCAAAUAUUUUUAAAUUUUUUUGCAUUGAUUUGAGGGCAUUUCAGGGUCACUUCCUGCUAAUUGGUAACUUCUUGCACAAUUUUGGGCUAUUUCAGGUCACUUCCUAUUGGUUUUAAGGCACUUACAAUUCACUUUUUGUUGAUUUUGGGUGAAUUUCAGAUGAUUUUGGUGCAUUCACAAAGCACCCUCUUUUAAUGUCUGGUUACUUCCUGUUCAUUGGUCACCUCCUAUUGAUUUUGGGGCAUUCUUCGGUCACGUCCUUUUGGGUUCAUAACACUUACAGGACACUAUUCAUUGAUUUUAAAUCACUUUCUGGUGAUUUGGGGAUAUUCCCGGGUCACUUUGGGGGUUUUUUGCAUUGAUUUGAGGGCAUUUCUGGGUCUCUUCCUGCUCAUUGGUAACAAUUUUGGGCUUUUUUAGGUCACUACCUUUUGGGUUUAAGGCACUUUUGGUUGUUUUGGGGUCAAUUUCGGGUGAUUUUGGGUAUUCCCAAACCACUUCAUUUUGAUUAUGGGUCGCUUCCCGUUGGGUUCAUAGGCCUCCCAGGUCAAUUUAUAUUGAUUUUCGGUCAAUUUUGAUAAAAAUUUGGCAUUUCCAGGUCACUUCCCGUUCAGUGAUCACUUCCUGUUGAUUUCGGGGCAUUCCGAAGUCACUUCCUUUUGACUUUUGGUCACUUCCUGUUGGGUUCAUAACAUUUACGGGGUCAAUAUGUAUUGAUUUUGGAUCACUUUGUAAUAUUUGGGGAUAUUACAUGGUCACUUCAUGUAUUUAUUUUUUUUUGCAUUGUUUUUUAGGGGAUUUCUGGGUCACUUCCUGCUCAUUGGCAACUUCCUGUAGAAAUUGGCGCUUUUUAAAGUCACUUCCUGUUGGGUUUAAAGCACUUACAAUUCACUUUUGGAGAUUUUGGGUCAAUUUAGGAUGACUUUGGGGCAUUCCCAAACCACUUCCUUUUGAUUCUGGGUCACUUCCUGUUCGGUUCACAACACGUAUGGGUCACUAGCUAUUCACUUUGGAUCACUUUCUGAGGCUCUGGGGAUAUUCCCGGUUUACUUCAUGUACAUUUU